CUGUGAGCUGCAGCAGGCCUCUGGUGGUGUUGGUAUAAAGUCAGCUAAUGCCUCCGAAAAAGAAAACUUUUGUCAAGAGAAAGAAAAAAAAGGUCACCAAAAAAGAGACUCAGAAAACAUCUGAGAAUAACAAGAAUCUUCCAGAGCCUCUUAAAGCUGAUUUUGUACCAUCGCCCUCUGUGCUGAGGGAAAAGAUACUGACUUUUCUUCAGGAAUGGAAAGAUGAACAGCAGGAGAUGGCUAAGAGAGAACUGUCAGACAAAAUUCACCAGGAACUGACAGCCCAGGACAUAAGGGAUCUCAGGCUAGUGUUUGACACUACUGACACAAGGAAUGCAGGGUAUCUUAAUUCCAACGAAGUCUGUACAGCUCUGCAAACUUUAGGAUUUCUUGUCAACCAACAUGACCUGAAGAAAACGAUGAGGAAUUUGAAACUUUCUAAAGAAGAGGGAGUAAGUUUCUCUGAUUUCCUUCAGAUUGUAAUGGAGCACCAAGGAGAUUCGAGAGACACUUACGAGGAGAUUAAACUGGGAUUUAGUCUCUUUGACUGUGAUGGUGAUGGGAAGAUUACUUUUGACAAUCUCAAAGAUGCUUGCAAAUCUGCAGGUGUCCACUUUUCACAUCAUGACUUGCGGGAGAUGAUCAAGGAAGUGGACACAAAUGGUGAUGGUACAGUUGACAUGGAAGAGUUCAUCAAUCUCAUGCUACAAACAAACUUGUUCUGACUGGUGAACCACUUGGACAUUUUCAUUCAGUUGGCAUGUUCACUCCCAUUCAAAUUUUAACCAUUUCUCUCUGUAUCUGGUCAAAUCUGCCUGAGCAUGAACAAAAAAGGGCACAGCUGUUUUCAAGGUACAAAUAAAAACUUUACACCUUCAUCUGUUGUUGAACACUUUG